AAAAUAAAAUAUAUGAAGUUUACAGCUCAAGGUAACUUUGAGUUACAGGUUUGUUUAUCCUGUUCUUAAUCUGUCACUGACUGUUCUCUGAGCCUUUGGCUUUGGAUAAAAUGCAAUGGCUUUUGCUUUGUUCUGCAUCUUGUGACAGUGGCAUACCAUGAGGAACAAGUUUUCCUUCAUCUUUAGAGAUAAAUGACUUCAUUAUACUCCUAAAACAUUCUGUAACUUUAAGCCCAAAUUUCUCCACCAGCUUUAAAGACCUUUUAUUGAAGCUGAGCUGUAAAAAUGGCUUGUUUUGAGAUCUUUAUUUUUAGUUUAUUUUUUGGACAACAACAACCCAUAACAUAUGACCAUCCAAAUAUACAUGUCACUUACGUCUAUCCAGUCUCUCCAAAAACCUGACCCAUCAAAUAAAGAUUAGAAAGGACAAAGCAGGAGGAUAGACGGUGUUAUUCAUAAGCACCAGAAAGCUAACAAAGAGUAAAAAAUAAUAGUUCCUGGCCCGGUGUAUCAGCUGCGUUUCUGCAUAUCUUUCAGGAAGGAUCCCGAUGUUAGAAAGCUCUACGUUUAGAUUAACUGCUCUCUAUGGCCUUUUGAUUUUAUCACUUGCUUUCAUCACUUUCACUUUCUUUUCUGUGCACUGGUUUGCCAAGCUUAACUGCAAGUCAGAGUGAUCUCUCUCACCAUAGGCACAGACACCAAUUCAACGUGCUAAAAUCGGCCACCACCACUGUGGUUUUUUUAAUGUACUUUUUUAAUACUGCUCUCUGUUACUGUCAUUAAAAAGUGUUGACUGUUGACACAGAUUCACUAACCAAACACUGCACUUCCUAGAUGAGAGGUUAAUUUCCAAGAAAUAGUAUUGCAUAAUUUUCAUAUUGUGCAAAACUUCCUUCUAGGCUCUCAAAGACUUUAGCCAUUAGAAUUAAUGAUUUUCCUUUGUCCAUUCUUCAGUCUUCUCUGUAAAGAGAUUAGCUGAUAAAGGGUCUAUUUCUAAAACAAUGCUUCAGUAUUUCCUUGAAGGGAUAUUUUAAUGAACUCUACUCUCUUGAUGUGAAAUGUCAAAUGUAGUUGUGAAAGUGCCAACCCCUAUAGCCAGUGCUCAUUUCUUAUAACAAGACACAGCACGCUUUGCUUUCCCUUCAUCUGCGUUUGACUAUAGCCACUGUAAAUCACAAAAAAUAUCUUAUAUCAUAUCUACAACAUGCAAUUAAAAAAUAGCCUUGAUAAAGGAAUGCUUGUAAUUGUAUCCAGUCCUCAUUAAGCUUUAUAGUAAUAAUAAUAACAAUCUUGGCUUCAAAAGUCCAGAGCUCCUUAGAUGAUUAAUAACUUGUGUUCUCUGUCCGAGAUAAACGUCACACUGCAAAAAGGUUGCAUAUUUACCAGCCCUCAGUUUUCCCUGUCUAAAAACUGCCUCUGAGUCAUAAAAAGCUCUACGUCUACUUUGUUUAUGAUGCCUGGGAGUGUUUCCUGGAUAAGGAGCGGCCCGGUCUAUAUGUUGUCGAUUAUUACAGGUUUCUGAGCCACACGCACUACUGUUGAGACAAAGGUUUUAAAGAGCGUAAGGCUUCUCAGGUGUCAGAUUUUGCUUGUGUUGAUCUUGGCUGGGACAGACUCAGUGACAUGAAUUUGACUAGUGAUGGUGAGACCUGUUGGACAUGCUCGGGAUAGAGAAUCUGCCUAAAUUGGCUGGACCGUUCUUAAAGACUGAGCGGAAGGGUCCGGCUGCCAUGAUUCAGCAGUUUGAGCAAGAUCAUGGAGGUGGCAUGGCAAAAGAUCUGGCCAAAAAUAGAAGGGUUGUCAUGCCAAGUUGGACUGAACAUGAAGAAAUAAAGGAAUUACAGAAGUCGUACAGCAGGAAUAAGGUCCGGACGACCAAGUACACCUUCCUGUCUUUCAUUCCCAAGAAUCUUUUCGAGCAACUUCAUCGUUUUGCCAAUUUAUACUUCAUCUUUUUGGCCGCAUUGAACUUUGUGCCUAUUGUGAAUGCGUUCCAGCCCGAGAUCUCGAUCAUUCCUAUUGUCUUCGUGAUGUCCAUUACUGCUGUUAAAGACCUUUGGGAGGACCAGCGUCGGAGGAAGUCUGACCAAAAAGUCAAUAACCGCUUAUGUGAUGUUUAUGACAGGAAGCAGAAGCGGUAUGUGGAGCGGCGUUGGGCAGAGGUGUGUGUCGGUGAUCUGGUCCGUCUCUGCUGUAAUGAGAUCAUUCCUGCUGACAUGGUGUUGCUGCACUCGUCUGAUCCUAACGGAGUGUGUCACAUCGAGACGGCCAACCUGGAUGGAGAAACCAACCUCAAACAAAGGCAGGUGGUCCGUGACCUGCCACAGGGAUCUGAAUUUGUUCCAGAAAACUACAGCAGUCACAUUGAGUGUGAAAAUCCCAACAACGACUUGAGACGGUUCAGAGGCUUCAUGGAGCAUCCUGGUAAAGUGCGGGUUGGACUCCACAGUGAAAACCUGCUCCUGAGGAGCUGCACUGUGAGGAACACAGAGACUGUGAUUGGCAUUGUGGUCUAUGCAGGUCAUGAAACAAAAGCAAUGCAGAAUAACAGUGGGCCACGCUACAAACGUAGUAAACUGGAGCGCAGACUCAAUAUGGACGUCCUCUGGUGUGUCAUUUUACUGCUGCUCAUGUGUCUUAUUGCUGCUGUAGGUCAUGGUUUUUGGUUGAGUGGACUACAGAAUCCCAUUUACAUGAUCCCUGAUGACACGCACCCUGCUCUCGCUGCCUUCUACAUGUUCUGGACUAUGAUCAUUGUUCUGCAGGUGCUGAUUCCCAUCUCCCUCUAUGUGUCAAUAGAGAUUGUGAAGCUGGGACAGAUUUAUUUUAUUCAGAAUGAUUUAGAUCUGUAUAACCCAGUACUGGACACUGGAGUGCAGUGCAGAGCGUUGAACAUCACGGAAGAUCUUGGACAGAUCCAGUUCCUGUUCUCUGACAAGACGGGAACCCUCACAGAGAACCGCAUGCUGUUCCGCCGCUGCACUGUUGCAGGAACCGAGUACCCUCACCAUGAGAACGCGAUUUCUCUGGAACAGUAUGAGGAUCAGGGCUGUGGCGAUGCAGAUCACUCUCUCACCCUGAGGUCACGCACAAGCAGGAAGUCACUGAGCUGUAAAUCGCUCAGCUGCAACCGGAGUUCAGUGUCCCUCAAUACCCUCACUGCAGAGUCUGACACACACUCAGUCCACGACACACUCCGCAGACACACACCCGGAGCCUUCAGCGGCACCAUGGAGUGUGCUGUCGUUCCAGACCCUCAGCUUCAGGCCAAGCUGAACACACUGUCUUCAGCCAUGCGUUCCCCUCCCCGACAGCAAGCUGCUGAAAUCUCUCACAUACUCGACUUCUUUCUCGCCCUAACUGUCUGCAACACUGUAGUAGUUUCCUCACCCACUCAGCCGAGACAUGUGGUUCAGAUGCCCGUGGUUCGCACACCCCUGCGCUCUCUAGAGGAGAUGAAGGCUAUGUUUCAGAAGCUGAGUCUGCCUCGCUUUCCCUCAUCACUUAGUCAAAACACAGACACUCCUACCAGCCUAACCAAGAAACUCUUCACCCGGGGUCGUUCAGCUUCCUACUUCCCUAACAACAGCCCGCAAACACCCAUCAUGACCCUACAGUCACCCACCACACCCUCUGGCACCCCUUCAUACACCCCAAGCACCCCCGUCACUCCAGCGCUGUCCAGUGGGGCAUGGAGCGAGGACGUGGACGACAUACAGAAGGCCAAAGUUAACUCUGCUGAUGAGUCCGAGAGCGAUGAUGAAGAUGAGGCAGAAGAGCUGCUGUACGAGGCGGAGAGCCCGGAUGAGGCGGCAUUGGUGCAAGCAGCGAAGGCCUAUGGGUGUACUCUGUUGGGCCGGUCCCCAGAGCAAGUCCUUGUGGUUGUUCCAGGCACUGGGCCACUGUCCAUCCCUCUGCUUCACGUACUGCCAUUUCAUUCUGCCCGCAAAAGGAUGUCUGUGGUGGUGCGCCAUCCGCUCACUGGAGAGGUGGUCGUUUACACUAAAGGAGCUGAUAAUGUCAUUAUGGAGCUGGCUGAAGCAGCUGAAGAUGGUUUCUCUAGAGAGGUCAUGGAACGGACACAGAGAAACCUGGACCAGUAUGCAAGAGAGGGACUGCGCACUCUCUGUGUUGCUAAGAAAGUAUUGGAAGAGCAGGAAUACGAAGCCUGGCUGAAGAGACACGAGUAUGCAGAAACCAGCAUUGAAAACAGAGAAGAGCUUCUGCUGGAAUCUGCCGAGAGACUGGAAACGAAUCUCACAUUAUUGGGGGCGACGGGUAUAGUAGACCGCCUGCAGGAGGAAGUGCCUGAGACCAUUGAGGCUCUGCAGGAAGCUGGGAUUAAAGUAUGGGUCCUCACCGGGGACAAACAAGAGACGGCAAUUAAUAUUGCUUUUGCUUGCAAACUCCUCAGACCUACAGACCACAUUUUGAUGGCUAAUUGUGACAGCAAGGAGACAUGUGAGGCUCGACUUCAUGAGUUACAACAUGAGAUCAGACAGGUCACAAAGGAAGGCGUGUCUGAAGAUGAUAGCUCUGACUGUGUGUUGGUCAUUGACGGCCGUACGUUGGACUACACUCUGCAGAAGGAGCUACAGGGGUCAUUCCUGGAGCUCACAUGCUGCUGUCGCUCAGUCAUAUGCUGCAGAUCCACCCCUCUGCAGAAGAGCCAAGUGGUGCGGCUCGUCAGAGACAAGCUGAAGGUCAUGACCCUGGCUAUAGGUGAUGGAGCUAAUGAUGUCAGUAUGAUUCAAAUGGCAGAUGUUGGAAUCGGCAUCUCAGGCCAGGAGGGCAUGCAGGCCGUGAUGUCCAGCGACUUUGCUAUCUCUAGAUUUAAGUUCCUGAGAAAGCUCAUUUUGGUGCAUGGUCAUUGGUGUUAUACUCGUUUGGCUAACAUGAUCCUCUAUUUCUUCUACAAGAAUGUGAUGUACGUGAACCUUUUGUUCUGGUACCAGUUUUUCUGUGGAUUUUCAGGCAGCACAAUGACCAACUCGUGGGUUUUAAUCUUCUUCAACCUGCUCUUCACCUCCGUCCCUCCAAUCAUAUACGGCGUGCUGGACAAAGAUGUGUCCGGCGAAACGCUUCUAGACUUGCCUGAUCUCUACAAGUCUGGACAAAACUCGCAGGCCUAUCUUCCAUCAACAUUCUGGAUGAAUAUUCUCGAUGCGUUUUACCAAAGCCUAGUGUGUUUCUUCAUACCUUACUUUGCAUAUACAGGAUCUGAUAUAGGGGUAUUUUCCUUUGGCUCUCCAAUCAAUGGCUCCGCUCUCCUCAUCAUCCUCCUGCAUCAGCUCAUAGAGAGUCGCACAGUGACAUGGAUACAUACUGCAAUUUUGCUCUUCAGUGCCUUGUUCUAUUAUGCCUUUGUUCUGUUGUUCAGCCUUACGUGUGUGACGUGCAAUUCUCCCACAAACCCCUUGGGCAUUGAGACAAAAAUGAUGUCCGAUCCUCUCUACUACCUAGUAUGUGGACUUACCACAGUCCUGGCCCUGCUACCUAGGAUCCUUUGUCGUACCUUUUGUAACACUAUCUGUCCAUCUGACCUGGUGAGAGCACAGAAAAUGGAGAGACUCUCAGCACAAGAUUAUUCCACGAGUUUACGGCAGUGGAAGGAGAACAAAGCUGCUCAAAGACUGUCCUCCAGACACGUCCCUCAGAACCUCAGUGUGAAUGCUGACAUGCCUCAUUUAACAGACUGUAUCGCUGAGGCAGGCGCUGUUCUCUCAUGACCAGUAAGGAAGUUGCCCUUGAUCAUAUAAACGUGGUCAUUAGUUCAAAUAGUGACCGUAUAUUCUUGCACUUUAAUGAUCGGCAGAUACUCUGACCAGUCAGACGUCAGAUCUGGCUUUUCUCUGCGCAGUAAGUGUUUUCACAGUGAUGUACAGUACCUGGGCUCUGUGGAGCUUACAGAUGAGCUGCAUCACAAACUCAUUCCAGUCCAAUGAUCGCAGAAUAGACUUGGAGUCUGGCUUUUGUAGACAAAAGAUAUUCAGAGAAUUGUUUACAUUUCACAAGGCUGUGCCUGUGACAUUUUUAAUUACACAUGCACUCCAGAAUUACACAAGAACCUCAGGGUUGUGAGGAUGAAUUGUGGGUUAGGAUGUGGCUAGUGUUUGCCAACAUAGUGCGGCUACUUUGCUCCUACUUUAAUGCAAUACUCAAUUUUUGGCUAUUGAGGGUAAAAAAUUCAGAACUUCACAACUGUAUGGACUAUGAGAAAAUGAGCUUGCACACUUCCCUUAACACUAACGUGCGUAAACUAACAAAAACUCCCACAGUCAUAUUUAUUCUAGCAAACUUCAAAUAAUGGUCUUACUCUUUGAGAAUAUAGGAAUGAUCAAAUUAUUUUUUUUCUGGUAAUCUUAGUAAUUAGGAGAAGCAUGAAUGUGUCUGUUUGAUACUGUAUCUUAUCAUGGAGAAGUUCAAUACCAUGAGGCCUUUACAUUAAAUUAACGUUCCUUGCUCAGGGAUAAAAUGAGGUGAACAUAAACAGGAGCUAAUGUAUUUGUGACCCAAGGUCCUUGAAGUCCACUUGUGUGUUCAAUCGGACAGUGAGCACGCUGACUGCAUGCAUUACAAAUGGACAAAGUGCAGUAUUUUAUGAUGAAUGCUAGAUUGCUUUUUAUACUUCAAUGCAAUUUUAUUUUCAUUUUCAUUCAAUGCUUGAAUUUUGAAAAUGUGAAUAAUCCAGAAUGAUCAUCUAAGAUGAUUUUGAGUCAUUGACUAGAAAACAUUAUUUAUAGUCAUUAUUUUACAUCUUAUGUGAGCCAUUUGUAAUAUUUGUAAAUUUACAAUAAAAUACUCAAAACGUUAAAA